AUGGGGAUUAGAUAAGGGAGUGGUGGAAAGAAGUCAAAACACAAAAUGGCUACUCCUUCAUCUCUCCUUUCAUCAUCUUCUCUCCUCCUCACAAAACCUGUAACACUUCACCCUCGUAACGGGAAAGUCUCUCUGUUCAACCAUCGUAGUCAAAUUACCAAAACCUCCAAGGAGCCGGUCUUUAGAAUUCAAGCUGCAAAACUUCCUCCUGGAGUGGAAUUGCCAAAAGUGGAGCCAAAAUUCCAAGCCCCAUUUCUUGGAUUCACUAGGACUGCCGAAAUAUGGAAUUCUAGAGCUUGUAUGAUGGGCCUCAUUGGAGUUUUCGUUGUAGAAUUGAUAAUAAACAAAGGAAUACUGCAAGUGAUUGGGGUGGAUAUUGGGAAAGGUCUUGAUCUUCCUCUCUGAAAAUACAACAAUAUAUUGGAUGACUAGCCUGCAGCAGCUCGUGUUACUUUGCUCGACUCUGUUGUAACUAUGAACUCCAUAUGCAUUGGAAUUCAAUACUUUCUUGUAGUUCAUGAAUUGUUCUCUGUAAUAUGCAAAUUUCAUUUCAAUCCUAGUCUUUAAUCCCA